UCAGACACUGGACGGAGCUUAUUGAGUUCUAGGAGAGUCUCUUCUCCGUUAACAAUCUGACGUUAGGCUCUCGUUGUCAGGAAGCGUCUUUGAGGACAAACCUGCAAUGAAUUACACGCACUGCUGGUGCACUUCUUGCCACUUCUAUCCUGUACUGCGAGGAAUGUUGCGGAAAUGUCCCAGUGUAUGGAACAAUGUGGCAAAGUGCUACUGAAAUCUUGAGAGAAGUAACCAACGGGUGAAAGAGGCAGGAUAACAAAAGAGCUCAGCUGAGAGCCUCAUUGGGGUGCCGCUGGGAAGGGAAGGGAAGGGGCUGCAAGUGGUAAACGAGAAAGGAGGAGACGGAGCGAUUUGCUUUUGCCGCAAAGGUUGAUAAAUCAAUGAAAACCUCAAGAAAGCCUACUAUCCCGGCGGAGGCGAUUAGGUCGUAUAAGAUUUCAUGGCGGAAUGCCGGAGAGAAAGCGAUAUGUUACCGGCCUGUAACCACCAGUUGAACGCUGUCAUUUUUGGCGGGCUCUUCAAAAUAAGCAGCCGUGUUGCGUUCCUAGUCUCAUGCUGCCAGCCAAUGGGAAAGGGGGUGGUGUUUCCGUUCUUGCGGUUCCCUAUCAGGUCGUGCCAUUCUGUAUAUGAAGGAGGACGAGAGCGUGGCCCUGCAUACUUCAAAGCAAUCUUUGAGCGUACAAUCAUGUCUGGAAGAGGCAAGGGCGGAAAGGGUCUGGGCAAAGGAGGCGCCAAGCGCCACAGGAAGGUGCUGCGGGAUAACAUCCAGGGCAUCACCAAGCCCGCCAUCCGCCGCCUGGCACGCAGAGGGGGAGUCAAGCGCAUCUCCGGCCUCAUCUACGAGGAGACUCGCGGGGUGCUGAAAGUUUUCCUGGAGAACGUUAUCCGCGACGCGGUCACCUACACCGAGCACGCCAAGAGGAAGACCGUUACCGCUAUGGAUGUGGUGUAUGCUCUGAAGCGCCAGGGACGCACUCUGUACGGAUUCGGAGGUUAAAGGCUCGCUUCGGUUUUUUCUGUUUUUUCCCCCCUCAUCAAAAUAACGGCCCUUUUAAGGGCCAC